GUGAAAUGUUACAAGUAGAAGUCGCAUAAAUACGCGCAGCAAAUGCCUCCGCCAACGAAGCGUCGACGAACAGACCCGACUGUUGUUGAAGAAAUUACCUUCGACACGUCUGCGCGCCAUGAAUACCUGACUGGAUUCCACAAGCGCAAGUUGCAAAGAGCUAAGCUGGCGCAGGAGGCAGCGGAGCGGAGAGCAAGGACGGAAAGGGUUGAGGAGCGGAAGAAGCUGCGAGAACAGCGGAGAGCCGAGCUUGAAAGACAUGUGCAGGAGGUUAACGCUCUGCUGAGACCGCCGUCUGAUCAAGACGAGGGAGACAACGACGAGGGCGAAGAGAACCCGGAAGAGGAAUGGAGUGGUAUUUCAGACUCGGAGCCCCAUCCGCUCCAUCAUGAGACGGAAUAUAUCGACGAAGAAAAGUACACCACAGUGACGGUUGAGGCAAUGGAUGUUUCCAGAGAAGGAUUGUCCAGGACGGAGCAGGACCGGAAUCAGCAUAUCCAGCAAAACAGUGGGGAGAACCCAGAAGGGUCAGGAAAGGAUCCAGCCGAGGGGCACAAAAGUCAACGGGCAAAAGGUCAACCAAAGGACAUAAAGAAGCGAAAAAAGAGGAAUUUCCGAUACGAGAGCAAAGCGGAAAGGAAAGAGGCACGCACAAAAGAGAAGGCCAAGAAUCGGAAACAGGCUCGAGAACGCAGGGGUGAUCGACGAUAAUGCUAUUCUGGGUUCUCAUUCAAGACUGUCAACGCUCGCCUUCGGGUGUGCCCUUUAUCAAAUGCCCAUGGUAUCGUAGGUAUGGUCGUGGUCUAUGCAUUGUGCUCGACCGUGCACUUGCCAAACACAAUGGCAACACCAGGUAUCUCGCUCACUUUAGAUGUUGCCCAUGCUUUGCUCCAGCUCCUGCAAUUCCUUCUGUAGAUCCGCGUACUUCUUGGCCAUCUCCUCGUACUUGUUCUCCCACUCGUCGCGUGCUUGCUCCAACGCUUGGACUUUGCGCUCGAAGUGGCCAGCUUUGACAUCGGUUUGCCGGAGU